CGGCGCGGCGCGGCGCGGCACGCCACGAGGUGCGGCACGAGCUCCCGCACCUGCUCCCGCAUCCCCAGGAGCGCCGUGCGCGUGCGCGGCCGGGGAUGCGCCGGGACGAGGGGCCGGGCCUGGCUCCGGCUCCCACUCCCGCCACUGGUAACCGCCCGCCGCGGGCCGGGCAGUGCCGGGACCGCCGCCGGUAACCACCGGUAACCGUCCGCCGCGGGCCGGGCAGCGUCGGGACCUCCGCCGGCAAACGCCCGCCGUGGGAGGAGUGGCGUCGCGGUGCUUGGUAACCAGGCCGGGAGAAGCGGUAGCCGCCCAGUCCCGCCGCGCCGCCGGGAGUUAACUAAGAUGCACUUCCAGUGGGACUGGCUGUGGUUGGGUGUCCUGGUAAUUAGCUCAGUGACUUUAGGAAUGGAAAACGAAGAAAAUCUGGAUGCAGAUGUUGAAGUGGAGAAUUUUGACAAGCAGUCCCAAGAAGCUGAUGUUGACAGAGAUAAAUCUUCUCUAGAGGUUGUGUACCAGACUCCAAAGCCAACUGGGGAAGUGUAUUUUACAGAAACCUUUGAUGAAGGAUUAUCAGGGUGGGUGUUGUCUGUAACUCUGAAAGAUGACAUGGAUGAUAACAUUGCUAAAUAUGAUGGAAGAUGGGAAGUAGAAGAGCUGAAGGAAAACGCAAUGCCUGGAGACAGAGGAUUAGUGUUAAAAUCAGUGGCAAAGUAUCAUGCAAUAUCAGCAAUGCUAGCAAAAGCAUUUGUUUUUGAUGAUAAACCUUUGAUUGUUCAAUACGAAGUGAAUUUUCAAAAAGGCAUUGAUUGUGGUGGUGCAUAUAUUAAACUUCUCUCCAGUAGCAAUGACUUGAAUCUGGAAUACUUUUUUGACAAAACACCUUACACUAUUAUGUUUGGACCAGAUAAAUGUGGAGAAGAUUACAAACUACACUUUAUCUUCAGACAUAAGAAUCCUAAAACUGGAGAAUAUGAUGAAAAACAUGCUGAACGUCCUGAUGUAGACCUAAAAAAAUUCUAUUUGGACAAGAAGACACAUCUGUAUACUCUUGGUAUUGUUAAAUUCUUAAAAGUGGAAUUCCAGUUCUUAUAUUGGAGAGAUGAAAAAUUGCUGAAACCAGAUGACACGUUUGAAAUAUUAAUUGACCAAACGGUUGUUAGUAAAGGAAGUCUUCUUGAGAAUAUGAUUCCUCCAGUAAAUCCUUCCAAAGAAAUAGAGGAUCCUACUGAUAAGAAGCCUGAUGAUUGGGAUGAGAGACCAAAAAUACCUGAUCCAAAUGCUGUCAAACCAGAUGACUGGGAUGAAGAUGAACCUGCCAAGAUAGAAGAUCCUGAUGCUGUUAAGCCUGAGGGGUGGCUUGAUGGUGAACCACAGUAUGUUCCAGACCCUAAUGCAAAAAAACCAAAGGACUGGGAUGAAGAAAUGGAUGGGGAGUGGGAAGCCCCUCAGAUCCGUAAUGCAAAAUGUGAGGCUGCACCAGGUUGUGGAGAGUGGGUUCGUCCCAUGAAGAAUAAUCCAAAGUAUAAAGGAAAAUGGAGAGCACCUAUGAUAGAUAAUCCUAACUAUCAGGGAAUCUGGAGCCCUCGGAAAAUACCAAACCCAGACUAUUUUGAAGAUCUUCACCCUUUCAAGAUGACUGCUGUCAGUGCUAUUGGUUUAGAACUGUGGUCUAUGACAUCUGAUAUCUACUUUGAUAACUUCAUCAUAUGUUCAGAAAAAGAAGUAGCAGAUCGCUGGGCAGCAGAUAGCUGGGGCUUGAAGAAAUUAGUAGCAAGUGCUAAUGAGCCUGGUAUGUUUAGUCAAUUGGUGACUGCUGCAGAAGAACACCCAUGGCUCUGGGUUCUUUACAUCUUGACUUUAGCUCUCCCUGUUGGUCUAAGUGUGUUGUUCUGCUGGCCAGGAAAGAAAUCAGAUGAAUAUAUUGACUUCAAAAAGCCUGAUGUAUCUAAGCAAAUUACAAAGGGAGAACUAAAAGAAGAGAUAGAGGAGUUUGAGGAUGAUGAACUAGAAGAGGAAAAAGAAAAUGAAGAUACUGAUGAAGAUGAAAGAAGAGAAAUGGAGGAGACAAGAAAAGAACUUAAAAAGGAUAAUACAAAGAAGAUGGGAAGGGAGGCUCCUCUUUCAGAAGGUGAAGGUGGUGAGGAUAUUUAUGAUGAUGAAGAAAAUGAAGUUCCAGGUGAAGAAGAAAAUGAAGUUCCAGAUGGAAGUCAAGAAGGUGAUAGGUCAAAUAAAUCUGAUUCAGAAGAUGAGGAGAAAGAAGCUGAAGGAAUGGGAGAUCGUCCACUGAAAUCGGUGCGCAAAAGAAGAGUACGAAAGGACUGAGUUAUUUCCAGCUGGUGUUUGCAGGUCUAGAGACAGUGAUGGUAACUUUUGGUGUGCCAUUUUAGUGGGCCUGGCAAAUUCCUGAGCUUUGAUAGGAAAAGGAGGGGCUCAUUGCUGUUUAACCUCCUAUUUUAAUUCUCUGGCCUCUUUAACAAUCCCAAACUUCCUCAAUUCCCUUUUUCUAAGGAGAAAUGCUAUCUGUGAAGUGUUAGCUGGUAUUUAAAAUUCAAAAUAAAAAGGAAAUUACAAGCUGACUAACUGAUUUUUAUGUGAAGAUUCUUAAGAUUUGAAGUUUCUUAGAAAUUAGUAUUUAGUUGGAGAUAAACUUACUCUAAAUAUUUUUAAAUAAAUGCAUUAUAAUAAUUUUGUAGCUCUAGCACAAAAUAAGCUGUUUACAGUUUUCAGCUUAAAGAAGAUGGUAGUACAGAUGUAGCAUCUAUAGCAGUUCACAUUGCUGUGAGAAAAGGUAUUAUUUUCUGUGCAGAGCUAAAUGCAAUAAUUGUUUUUGUAUGAUGAUUUCGUGCUAGCAACAAUUUUUAUUGUAAAUUAUUUAUUUUAGUUGAUCUUGUUACAUGGGAGGUGAUCUGUUCACUUUAGGCAUUGGUUGCAGUAAUUUAUUUUCAAGAUAUAUUUUAAAAUAGAAUACAAGUGGUAAUUGUGAUUUGUUUUACUCUUGAAGGCAGGUAUCAAAUCUGCAGGUCAUAUACAAAUGAUUUUUUCAAACUUUUAUAGUUCUCAUGUUCCAAACCAGAGUGGUAUAACCUGUUUAUAGAAUACUUGCUAAGUGUAUAUUGUCACCUAAAAAUAUGUAUUAAUUCUUGCUUAAUAUGAAAUUUAUUAAUACAGAUAAGAAUUUUUGAUGGAUUAAGUUUUUUACGAUGUGAGUAAUUUGGGUAUACUCAUAGUUGAAAUAAACUGCUUAUUGUAAAGAAACAUUGUUUCAUUGAAGUUCAGCUGUAUAUUAAACAAUAAAAUUUCACUCACCAGAAACCUUUUGGCCGCUGCCUGUAGUAGAAUGUGUAAAUGCUAGCAAAAGUAGUUAUACAUUACAAACUAAGUAGAAAUACAUUAAUUCAUAAAGAAUCUAACAGAUUUUCUUGUGCCUGUCAUAAAAUUUGUCUGCUUUAAAAAGAAGUAUUUUCACAGCAGAUUCCAUGGAAGUCUCUAAGAAAUGAAUGCUUAACCCUAAUGAAGAAGCCAAUGUCCUCAAGUGCUUGUUUUGAAGUGUUCAAAAGUUAAUUAUAUUUGACUUCUUUUUGGCGUGAAUUACAUGGAAAUGUCUCUAGGUUUUUGUUUAAUUUGGGACUUUUUGUGUCUUUUUAAAAAUGACUUGCAAGUUCCCAUCUCUUUAUUUAGGGCCUCCAUGCAAAAGGUAAGAAGACUCCAGAUUACUCCUCAGCAAUAGAUAGAAGCUUUUACCAGUAUAGUAUCCUGCUGACAACAGUUACUGUGAGCUGUUGGAGCUCAUCUUUUAAAUGAAUUAUAUUAUUUCAGCUCACCUUUGAAAUGAAUGUCUGAGUCUGAUAGAAGUCCUUUGGAAUUGUUACAGCAUUUGCAUGUCCUGGGGGUCUGGUUUGUUCGUUUGCUUAGGGGUUUUGGAGGGUUUUGCUUCUCUGAUGUGUGAUAGUUACUCUAGUUACUAUUGUUUCUUUGAUGUGAUUUAGUUACUCCAGGGAUUGGUCACCCCAUGGGGAAUGCUCAUCUUCCCUUAGGGUUUUGAAUUUAGUUUCUCCUAAAGCAUUGAUUGAUGCCCCAUCAGCUUUGAUCACCUAGAAUCUAGAGAUAGCAUACAUCCUUCUGUACAUCAACUUACUUGGAUCUAGAUUUAUGCUGGUAAUUAUAGGAGAAAUACCAGAGAUGUUGAGGAUUUAAGACUCUAGAGGUAGAGAGCCAGGCAAAAGGGCAGCUCUGUUCAUUGAUACAAUGCAACAGUGAGAUUUCACCCACACUUUCUGUGCACUGUCCAUUUUUAUCUGAACAGGUAUUUCAGGAAACAUGCUUCAUCUUGCU